AUGGGGGAAGUUGUUAGUUCCUGGAUCAAGGACCAGGAGAGGACAGAGGCUAAAUGCGCUCUGCCCGGUUUCCAGUACUUCUGCUGUGAUGGCCUGCAGGUAUUCAGGCCCUGUGCAAAGGGAAAGGGGAGGGCAGAGGCCAGCAGUACUCUGCCCUAAUGCAAGCGCUUCUGCUGGAAGGGGGUCAAUGGGUAUGGUAGUCCCAUCCACUAACCACAGGGCCCGGCUGGAACUUGGCUGUGGACGGGAGACAUUGCUUACCUCCUCCUCCUAGUAUUCCUGCCAGGGUAGUUGUGAAUCUGGACAGGCUGUCCAGCAUCCCUGUAGGCCUGGUGUAGAGACCAUGAUCCCAUCUGCACCAUCAGGGAUAGGAGGGCCUCCCCUCUCUAGCUGGGGAGAGAGGCUGGCUGCCUCCUCUCCCUGCAAUUAGCACUGCCGCUGGGGAGAGAGACCAGUUGUCUCCUCUCCCUGAAACUCACUCUGCCACUGGGGAUAGAGACCAGUUGUCUCCUCUCCCUGAAACUCACCCUGCCGCUGGGGAGAGAGGCCGGCUGCCUCCUCUCCCUGCAACUUGCACUGCCGCUGGGGAGAGAGACCGGUUGUCUCCUCUCCCUGAAAAUCACUCUGCCACUGGGGAGUGAGUCCAGUUUUCUCCUUUCCCUGUAAGAUGCACGGCCACUGGGGAGAGAGACUGGUUGUCUCCUCUCCCUGUGAGAUGCACUGCCACUGAGGAGAGAGACCGGUGGUCUCCUCUCCCUGUGAGAUGCACUGUUGCUGGGUAGAGAGACCGGUUGUCUCCCCUCCCUCUGAGAUGCACUGUUGCUGGGGGGAGAGACAGGUUGUCUCCUCUCCCUGGGAGAUGCACUGCCGCUGGGGAGAGAGACCGGUUGUCUCCUCUCUCUGUAAUACUGUCUGCCGCUGAGGAGAGAGACCGGUUGUCUGUUCUCCCUGUAUGGUACACUGCCACUGUGGAGUAGGACCGACUGUCCCGACUCCUGGUAAUUCACCCUGCCGUUGGGGAGAGAGACCGACCGUCUCCUCUCCCGGUAGCUCUGGCUGUAGCUGGGAAUCUGGGCCGGCUGCUCAGCAUCCCUGUAGGGCCGGUGGAGAGACCUUGGUCACAUCUCUACCUGCCAUCUAGAGGUCAUUCCAGAACUAGUCGAUGAGGUCCCCCACUUCGGUAGCUGGCAGGAAAGCAGGGGGUACCUCAGCCAGGUCUUCCCAGCUGUAGGGUGGUAGGUCUGGUUCUGCUUGUCGGGUAGAUUGGGGCUGCACGAAGCUGAGUUGGUAGUCCUGCUCCAGCUCCCACUCCCUUGUUACCAGGUGGUCAUGUCCUUGCUCACCUUGCAGUCGUCAGCCCACACAUACAUGCCCACACGGUAGUCAUAGAUGUCCCAAAAUCUAGACUCCUCCGUGCUGCUGAGAUCAAUGUCCUCCUCCAAGGCAUCCCAUAGUAACCCAGGGCCAUCAUAAUCAUCACCUUUGGGUAAGUUUUGCUCGGCCAUCCAGGUGGUAUGUUGAACAGUAUGCCACCAUAGGGCUUGGUAUGCGUUGUCUAGCCAAAUCUCUCGCCAUACCAGGGUCUCUAGUCUUGCCACCCACUCAUACAGGGGCUGCUCUCCCAAUCCGCAUCGCCACACGCUUCUGUAGCCGCCGCUCAUCAUUGGGGAGACUCUCACCUUGCUGCCGCUGGGCAUCUUCCAGGGCAUCAUACCAGGCUUCCUUCCUGUCUGCGUCGUUGUAGUCCGCGUCCGCCUCCUCUUCCUCGUCCUAAAAUACUGUCCGAAAACUAACCAAUUCCAUACUGCUGUAGCCAGGGGUGCUGUACAGAUACUAGCGUUGCCCUCAGUUAGACUUCAUACUAUGCUGGUGUCUCCGAGCUGCUUCACCUCACACUAGGACGCCAUCCCACGGCUGCCAUCACUGUAAUGGAUUGCCUGGCACCCUGACUGGGUACCUCCAUUGACGGAAGAGAGCAGGAACAGGAACAAGCUCUUAUAAGAGCUCAGUGAUUAUACUCUGGGGAGUAUAGUUAUUAUAGCAAUCCCCAGAGUGUAGGUAGUUCUCCAAUCCCCCAAACAUGAACCGAAACUUCAUGAAGGGUGGAACAAGUCUGAGGCUUUAUUGAUACAGGUUUUCUUAUAAACAGUUCCUCAGGCCAGAGGCACACCCCCUGGACCUAAUGGAACACCGCAUUCCCAACUGUACAGACCAAUAAGUACAAACGUACAGUCUGUGACACUCCUAUGUACAGCAAACAAUCCCUCCCCUCUGCCUGGGGUAUAAUUUAAGUAGCUAAUAGAAUAACCUAAUUAUCCCCAGGCAGAAAAAGACGCAUUUUUCCCAAAGUACAGAAAACACUUUAAAACAUAACAUAUCCCCAUUACAUCCCCAGAUAGCCCUCAUCUUGGUGAACAACAUAUCCAAAAAUCACCCAGAUCAGAGCAUGGGUUCAGGAAAUUCCUGGAAGUCUCUUUUGACCGACCACAAGCAUGGCUUCAUGCCCAAAACAGUUCCAGAGAAUUAGGCUGUGCGGCCGGUCUAUUUUCAAUGUUAAAAGUGCACUAUAGUACAAGGAAGGGUGAGGUCAGACAAUAGCAAGGGCUGUUGGGAGACCGAGGAGGGACAAAGCAGCCAAUUUAAACUGGUCUGGCAGUUUCCCUGGGACAACGCCCUGCUGGGGAAACAAUAGGACAGGAAAAAGGGGAAGGGGAAGAGGCACAUUUUCCCAUGGAAGUCACUUUUUAACAUGUCUUUGCAGGGCCGAUUAGUCCUCUCCAAAAACCAGUGGCGAAAUUUUUUUUUUCGUCACAUACCCUACACAACGUGUAGGACUCUUAAUAUGUACAAAGCACCGGUUUUAAAAUGAAAAGAGAACAAAUGCAUUCAGCAGGAUGUACAUUUGCAAUUAAUCAUUCACUUGCUUAAAUUUUAUGUACUAUUUGCUCACUUGCAGUACUAGCAGCCAGCUGGCAAAUAGUUACAAAAACUCUUGACAGUGUGAGGACUAUCCGUGUCACCGUGUGGCAGCUAGCUAGCUGCCACAUUUAAAAAAAAGCAAAACAAAAAAAAACACAAAUUGCAGUCAGUAUGAGUAUAAAGGAGGUUUAAAACCUCCAUUGGGCCACUUGAAAUGCAUUUAUAUGUAUUGAAUUAUAUCUGCCAGGUUUUUGCCCAGUCCCCCAAUGUAUCUAAAUCCCUCUGUAGAAAUCCCUCUCUUGUGUCUAACAUUCCAGAGCUCAAAACCUUUGUUGGGUGUUUAAAUUAACAUUUUUUUUUAAUAUUAGGUUUGUGUGAAAUAUCUCCACGAAAAGUGUGACCAAGAUAAGUGCAAUUGGCUUCAUAUGUGCGGCUACUUCAUGCGUGGGGAAUGUUAUCGGCGUACAUGCUACAAAUCCCACAACCUACUAGAGGAGAGCACCAAUCUUCUCAUCAAAAGCUUUGGAAUCCCUGCUGUAUCUGUUGAGAAUUUCCAGAUGCUCGCAGUUCUUAAAAACAUUCAGCUUCUACAAACUCAGGGUGAGCAAACCGGAAGAGGAAGGGGCAGAGGUGCAUCCAGCAGUAGAGGAGGAGGCAGAGGAAGAAAACAUGUACACAUUCACAAAGGUAUGAUCAAGUAA